AUGGGUACCAACAAACAAAGCUACAACCCAGAUGACUUGUUUGCAAUUGAUAAAUCCCAUGAUAUACCCACUUAUGAGCUAGACUAUUUUUCUUAUGAUCAAAAACCAGCUUUUGAAAAGCUAUCUGAUCCAAAUAUCGUGGUUAAUUCGCCUCAAGAUGAUCCAAACAACAUAGCAAGGCUUUUUGAUUACGCCAACGAUCUGAUGGCACAAGAAUCACCAAGCAUGAAAAGUGGUGCAAUCAAUCCAUUCAGCAAUAACGAUACUUACUCAAUGGACUAUGAAACUCUUGCCCAAGAAUCACAGUAUACCCGGAGAUCUAGUCUCAGAAACUCUAUUUCAGCAUCGCUUAAUCGUCUCCCCAAAAGUUCAUCUUUGUUAAGCAAACUCAAAUUCCAACAAGGGGUUUCCAAAUCUUUCUACAUUUUCAUAGCCAUUUCGAUUAUUUCGUCAAUUUUAAUUUUGCCACUCCAAAUCUUUCUAAUCGUCAACACUUUGCACCCCAGUUCGUUCAAUGGUAAUACUCGUGUUGUAUAUUUCACCGGCAUGGCAUUAGCCGUUUGCUCAAGUCUUUUGAUUUUCUCUAGAGUCUAUCAAGUCUUCAUCACCUUAACCGCGCUCAUUACGAAAAACACUAUCCAAGCUUUAUAUUUACUAAUUUACAUGGCUCUUAUAUUCGUUAGUUCGGCAAAUUACAUGUUGCAUUUUCCCAAAACUUUGUCGGACCUCAACCCUGAAGGUGAUCAUAUCAUCACCAAAUUCGCCACUUAUUGGAUUAUUGCAUUUUCGGCAUUGGCAUUGGUCACUCAAUUUCUAUUGUUCUGGUUUUCUUUGAGGAAAGAAUUGUCGUGGCAACGUUUCAGAUCUUUGAGUAGUUCGAUAUCUACAAGAACUACCGUCCUUGCAAUUCAAAAUUAUAAGGCAUUGAUCAUCUUGAAUGGGUUUUUCAUUAUUUACGAUUUAGUGAUUUCUAUGAAUUUCCCGUACCAUGCAAUGCAAAAAAGAUGGGAUACAUUCAGUAGAUUCGCAAUUUUUUUCAUUGUCUUGACACCAAUGGUAUUAACUUACCUUUACUUCAUAAGCUCAAAGAGAUCGAUCGCUUCGAUGGUUUUUGGGAUGGUUUAUAUGUUAUUGAUGUUCAUAUUUUCUGUGAUUUCUAGUUAUUCCUUCAAUACGUUUGCCCCUUUUCUUUAUACUGAUCCUGGGGUAUCGGGUGAUAAUGUUUCCUCUUCUGAGUAUUAUUCUGACAUGAUAUAUCCUUUUCGAGGAUGGUUCUCAGUAUUUCAUUACGCCUUAUUGGGGUUUAAUUUCCUGGUAUCGAUAUACUUGGUGAAAAUGUUUUAUGAAGAAAAUGCGGUCAGCACCCAAAGUACUGACAAAAAUGGAAUUUGGAAUGAUAUCAAAAGCUUUUUUAGGAUCAACAACGAAUUUUCCCUGGGAAAUAUUUUGAAUUCCCAAUAUUUCGUCCAAAUCAAAUCUCAAACAACCUUAUCAAAUGGUAGUGCCGCCAAUAUCAAAGCCCAAAUCUUCAAGAUUUUCAAGAUGAAUGUUUUGAUAGUGGUGGUGGCAGCAAUUCUUGGAGUUUCUUUCACAACUUACACGUUUAAAAUUAAUGAAGAAUUUUUUUUCCCCUGGUUUUUGGCGUCGCUUAUUUCCAUCACUGCGUUGCUUAGCUUUUCUAUAUGGAGUUUUUGCCAGUGGCGGAGAUCAAUGAAGUCAGACGAUCCCAUCAUUGCUGCCUCAAGGGCCGCAGCGGCUAAAUACUUAUUACUUUUAUCUAUUCCCGUAUCGUUUGUGUUGUUGAAUGGAUCGUUAUAUCAUGCAUUUUUCGUUGCCAAUUUGUGCCUCUACUAUGGAUUUGAUGGGCUUUUCUUCAUUUAUUCGGUUCCCCAAUCAAAUGAGCAUUUAUCAUAUUAUUAUAAUGUCACCGUCGCAAAGAAGUUUUAUCCUGAAGACACUGCUUUGAUUCAGGAGCAAGAAGAGGCACAAGAACUAUUUGACAAUACAAUAUAUUAUCCAUUGUUACGUUCCUUAAACAUCAAUCACUCAGUAGCCACAGGGGUGGUGAUAUCAAUGUGUGUGGUAGCAUUAAUACUGAUGGUGAGCCAAGCAGUCAUGUACGCUCGAGUUGGGUACUUAAUAAAACAAUUCGAAAUAUCAAGGUCUUCCAAACAACAAGAUGACCCAGAAAUUGAAGAUGACACCGAGGCCGAUAAACUUUUCUCAAGCAACGGUGACCAGGACCCUUUUAUUGAUCCUAAGGAAAACGAUAAAACUAAUCUCUUCACCAAUGAUAGCAACAUGGCCCGCAGCAAUACACCAGAGUCAUUAUCUACCGUAUCGCGAUUGUAUUUUAAGCUCCGAGCUCUAAUGUAUUUUAACUUGUACCUCAUGGUGGUAACGAUGCUUCUAUUUACUACUUUCCCUUACAAUUAUUAUAAUGUGUAUAUAGGCACUGUGGUAGAGGAUACAACCCCCACGUUUGGGGCAGUUGGAGGUCUUCAUGCCGCUUAUUUUUUCUUGAUGGUUACUUAUCUUUGCGUUGUCGCUUAUGUUAAAUCAAGACGCGUCCGCGAUGCUGCUGGAAACCAGCAUAAUGAUGGGCUUCUCCAACUCAUUAAGCUUACAGGGCUCGUUAUUUCCUGUGCCAGUAUCGUUUGGAUACCUAUGAUAUGUUACGAAUUCUCACAGGUAUUCAUAGUAUUCAACUAUGUCUUUGAUUCAUAUGAUAUGGUUGAUUUCUUCUAUGCAUUAAUGGCGGCAUUGGUAUUGGAAAUUAUAUGCUUUUUGGCGUCGGGAGUAUUAGGGGGUUUCUUGUGGUGGAAAGUUAGAAAAGAAAGAAAAAGGUAUGAAAAACAAUGA